GCAUGCGCACAGGAGGCCAUGUUGUUGUAGUUCGGUGGGACUGGACCGUCAUAUCCCUCCGCUACUGUCUCUGCGAUAAUCACCCCCUCCCGUUUUUGACAUCAGGGACAAGUAAAUAAACCGGAGGGCGCAAACGGUGACUCGCACAAUGAAUUUAAGCCUGGAUCUGUCGCGCAGAAACCCUCAGGAGGACUUUGAGCUGAUCCAGAGGAUCGGGAGCGGAACCUAUGGGGAUGUGUACAAGGCUCGUAAUGUCAACACUGGAGAACUGGCUGCUAUCAAAGUCAUCAAACUAGAGCCAGGAGAGGACUUUGACGUGGUGCAGCAGGAGAUUAUUAUGAUGAAAGAUUGUAAACACUCAAACAUUGUUGCAUAUUUUGGAAGUUACCUCAGGAGAGAUAAACUAUGGAUCAGCAUGGAAUACUGUGGUGGAGGCUCACUCCAGGAUAUUUACCAUGUUACCGGGCCGUUGUCAGAAUCCCAGAUUGCGUAUGUAUGUCGGGAGACCCUGCAGGGUGUUUACUAUCUCCAUAACAAAGGCAAGAUCCACAGAGAUAUAAAGGGUGCAAAUAUACUGUUGACAGACAAUGGCUACGUUAAGCUAGCUGAUUUUGGAGUUUCAGCUCAGAUAUCAGCCACUUUAGCAAAAAGAAAGUCCUUCAUUGGAACUCCUUAUUGGAUGGCACCUGAGGUGGCAGCAGUUGAGAGGAAAGGUGGCUAUAAUCAGCUGUGUGAUAUUUGGGCCGUGGGCAUCACAGCUAUUGAGCUGGCCGAGUUGGAGCCGCCGAUGUUCGACUUGCACCCCAUGAGAGCACUCUUCCUAAUGACCAAGAGCAGUUUCCAACCACCUAAGCUGAAAGACAAAGUAAAGUGGACAAAUAAUUUCCAUCACUUUGUGAAAAUGGCUUUGACCAAAAAUCCCAAGAAGAGACCAACAGCUGACAGAUUACUGCAGCACCCAUUCGUUACUCAACCGCUUAGCCGGACUCUUGCCAUUGAGCUACUGGACAAAGCCAACAACCCUGACCACAGCACACACAGUGAUGCAGAGGAGGAUGACAUUGACCCAGAGUCUCCCGUGUCUGUUCCACAUCGAAUCCACUCAACUAGCAGGAGCUCACGAGAUGGAAAGACUCUCUCUGAGAUCAACUUUGAUAAGGUGAAGUUCGACCCACCUCUGAGAAAAGAAACAGAACCGCAUCAUGAGAUGGAUCUACCAUUAGAUCCCCAAAGCAUUCUGGGAAAUAACAAGAGUCUAUUAAAAUCUGUUGCUGAGGAGCUCAGUCAAAGGGGUCAUGUGACACAUUUAGAGGAUGAGGAGGAAGAUGAAGGUGAUGAUUUGCACAGUGAGUCUACUUCAACCAUGAGGCCUAAAGUACCACCUCCUCUGCCACCCAAGCCAAAGCUUCUGUCUCCUGGUCAGAACAGUACUGUCUCAGAGGACAAUACCGGAGAAGGGACCAUUAAACGUUCCCCAGCUUCUGCAAGCUCCACCCCUCCUGUUCGGACUGCUUCCUGUGUUCCUCCCAGGCCGCCACCUCCUCGCCUGCCUCCACACAGGCGUAGUAGUCUAGGUAACAAACCAUCUGAGCACGAUCAGACAGAGCCAGCAGGGGAUGAUGAGAUUUAUAGGUUCUGGGAAUGGCUUCAUGCUGAACAACAAGAAGAACAAAGUAAUGUAGUUUCUGUGAAGGAGAAUGGAGAGAAAGAAAAACUGGCCUCCCUUCCCUCACCUAAUCUACAGCUUCCAAUCAGUAAUGGCCUCCCACCGACUCCUAAAGUACAUAUGGGCGCUUGUUUCUCUAAAGUGUUUAACGGCUGUCCCCUAAAAAUUCACUGUGCCUGUUCCUGGAUAAACCCAAACACCAGGGAUCAGUAUCUGAUUUUUGGUGCAGAGGAAGGAAUUUAUACCCUCAAUCUAAAUGAAAUUCAUGAGAGCACAAUGGAACAGCUGGUUCCACGGAGGUGCACGUGGGUCUAUGUAAUGAACAACUGGCUGCUUUCAAUAUCAGGUAAAGCAUCUCAGCUGUACUCUUACAACCUGACGAUGCUUUUUGAGCAAGCUCGACAAAUGCAGAAGUUACCCGUUGCCAUACCAACACACAAAUUCCCAGACAAAAUCAUCCCACGGAAGUUUACUGUGUUCAAUAAAAUACCAGAUACGAGGGGUUGUCAGAAAUGUUGUGUGGUGCGAAACCCAUACACCGGUCAUAAGUACUUAUGUGGCGCUUUCCAGUCCAGCGUAGUGCUGUUUGAAUGGGUGGAAGCCAUGCAGCGCUUCAUGCUGAUAAAGAGCAUAGACCUCACCCUGCCGUGUCCAUUAGAAAUCUUUGAGAUGUUGGUGGUUCCUGAGCAGCAUUAUCCACUGGUCUGUGUGGCGGUCAGUAAAGGAAGCCAUCCUGAUCAGGUGGUCACGUUUGGCACUGUUGAUCCCAAUGCUGCCAACCCAGUGUUCACAGAGCCCGAAACACCUCAAACAUGUGUCAUUCAUGUGACUCAGCUGGAGAGAGAUACUGUCCUAGUGUGUCUAGAUCGGUGUAUAAAAUUGGUGAAUUUACUGGGCAGGUUAAAAUCCAACAGAAAGCUGUCAACUGAACUCACCUUUAACUUCCAGAUUGAGGCGAUAGUGUGUCUGCAGGACAGUGUUUUAGCGUUCUGGAAGCAUGGAAUGCAGGGAAGAAGCUUUAAAAACAGUGAGAUUACUCAGGAGAUCUCUGAUAACUCGCGAAUCUACAGGCUGCUGGGUGCGGACAGAGUGGUGGUGUUGGAAAGCAAACCGACAGAAGACCCUGCAGCUCAAAGUAAUCUGUACAUCCUCGCGGGCCACGAGAACAGCUACUGACAACUCACUGCCUUAACACACAAUACAUAAUGAGCGCUACAAAGUACGUUUCAGAGACUUAAACACCUCAUUUUCAUUUAUAAAGCUACUGAACAAAACACUACAGGAAAUAAAAACAUAUUUAAAGACCAUUGAAAUUAAACACUACAGAUACGUUUUAAGACCAGAAUUUUUGGUUUGGUAUGAUACCAGCCCUUGGUACCUCGUAUCGAUACAAAAUCGAUACCUCAGUACAAGCAGAUGUAGGUAGAUUCGCAUAGGAUGUAAUAGCAAAUCAAUAAUUUGAAUUAAUUUACAGUUAAUACAUGAUAUGUUUUGGUAUUGUACCAGUUUAAAGUUGUUGUUUUUUUUUGCAAACUUUGUGAACUUACUGUAGAUGCAUUUCAAUACACAAAAACAGUGCAAACUAAACUCUUCAGAGACACCUUGAUACACAACCAUCAAUUCUGUGUGACUCCGAUAACUAAUGUGAAAACAACAGUCUAGUACAACAGUUGUCUAAAAGAGGACACAAAUAACAUUGCUUUUAUAUCUGGCAUGAUUUGCAGGUGUUUUACCAUCUUGUUAGCUUUGUAGCUUUCAGUAUUGCAAUGACGCAGGCCUUUUAACAGCUCCUCUCUUUUACAUACCAAUACAGUUCACACAGAAUGCGUAAGUCUAAUCAGCUCAGCUGUAUUUUCUUUUGCAUCUCUUUCUCGUCUCUUUUUAUCCUGAAGAUGUAGUGACUUUUUGGCAAAAUUUUGCGGGAAAAAGUUCAUUGUCAACUGUAGCAUUGCAUGAUGUAUCACUCACACAGAAGUUACUUUUAAACCAAGCAGCUUUGUGUUGGCCAACGUGGCAAAUUAAUGUGACUAAAUUUAACCCCAUGCGAAAUCUGUAUGUGGAAAUCUGUCACCCUAACAAGAAAUCCUAUUGAAGUGACUGGAUUUUGCUUAUGAAAAUUUGCUAAACAACUGUAAAUGUAACUACACUUUAAGGUAAUUCAGUAAGAUUUAUGUCUCAUUAGAUCCACAUCUUGUUAUUAACAGCACAAUAACAGACAAUGGAACCUUAGUGCAGACGUUUCUAUUGUAUUAUAAAUUAUGAAUGUUAAUCGUCUUAUUGGCCAUUCAUACAGAAUGCAUUUUUUGUGUUUAAAAAUGUGAGGGCAUUGGAAUAAAAAAAAAUUCUAUUUGAUGUCUGCAUUUACAUCUGCAAGACAUUUUUUAGAGUGUUUGCUCAUCUGCAAUACAUCUAUAGGACGUUUCCUAUCAGAUGUCAAAUAUAUAGACAUUUAGAAGAUGUCUUUAAGAUGUUUAUGGUUUAGAAUGUAUGUUAAACUAAUGUCUGAAAGACGCCUUUCAGAUAUUUGUACACAGCAGAUGCUUUCCAGAUUAAGCAGUCACAAGCCACUUAAUGGAAAUGGAGUGGUUUUAAGAGUUUUUAUAUUUCAUUAUUUAUGCAGGAAGUCCAAGUGUCAUGUUUUUGGUUCAUUACCAAGCACUGUUAUUGAAGGUUUGCACAAUACGUUUGCUCACGUGUGCUCACGUGUGCUUUUCUCCACGUGCUGUGUGUGUGUUAAUGAGUGAGUGGAUGCUUACAGGCUGUGAUGUCAAUAGUAAGAGUAUAACAAACUAAGAAAUCCUAUUUAUCAGGCUCACUGAAAACAGAAUAGAGACAACAUAAUGUCUUAUGAAUGCAGUAUGUGUAAAUAUUGAAAUGGGAAGUCAGAAAAAGAGCUCUUUCUAGAAUGUAGCUGUCUGUGAAGAUUUCUCACAUUUUCAUCAGUUUGUAUGGCAUCAUAUCUGAAUACUAACUGUUCUUUUUGUGUCAAAAUUGCAAAAUCAAGUUUUGUUUAGCUGAAUGCGCAAAUUUAGCAUGUCGUGUCUACCUCUAACAUGCAUAAUUUUUUUUUUACAUAGAUCAUGCGCCAUUAAAACUCUACUGCAAAUAGAGUAUCUCCCUUAUAGCAGUUUUAAAUCCUGGUCUUGUCACAUGAUCCAUGAUGCAGAUUUUUGUCAAGACCCAAAUGAAACCGUGUCUGAGCCUAAUCUCCAUUUACUCUGUAUGUUUGAAAGACUCAUAAAUGUGUUAUUGGAUGCUUUGAGUACAGAGCGUGUGUCAAACUACUCCAUGUUCACAACAGCAGCGUUCUCUUGUGUGAUGUGAUGCACAUUGUCUUGUAUAUAGUGUAAAAUAAUUUGAGUUUUACAGACUGUAUAAAGCCAAUAUUUUGUUUCAAAUGUGGAACUCUUUUAUGAGAUUUAACAUAUUAAACCAAGGUGAAAAAAUAUCAAAUA